UGCACGCGGGGUCGGAGCGGCACAGGGCGGUCGGCGAGGCCGCCCGCUUGCUCAAGCCAGGGGGCAGGAUGGUCUUCAACGACGUCAUGCAGACGAACCACGCCGACCCCAAGGACCUUAAGGACGUGUACGAACGCGUCCGCCUUCAGGACCUGGGUACGCCUAAGUCUUACGCCAAGUGGGCCGAAUCUUACGGUCUCACGUUCGUGGAGUUCUCCGACCGUACUCCCGACAUGAAGACGCACUACGAAUCCGUUAAGGAAGUGCUGAUGUCGCACCGCGGUACCUCGGAUGGCAUGGAGGAUGAGUUCAUCGACAACAUGGCCAGGGGACUCGACGCUUGGGUUUCGGCGGCCGAGCGCGGCCUCAUCUGCUGGGGGUACGUGACCUUCGCCAAGCCGGAAAAGGCCUCGAGCGACGAUAACGCGACAGACGCCAUAUCGGCUACAGCUAAGGGGUGGUACAACUCGGACAACGCCUUCAACUUCUACUUCAAGGUGUGGGGCGGAGAGCACAUCCACGUCGGCCUGUACAGCAAGCUCAACGCGGAAGAAGCCAAGCUGCCCGUGCUGGACCGCAUCGAGAAGGCCAGCAUCCUGAACGCCGAGGAGCUGCUCGCCCGUUGCUUCCCCGCCAGCGCUAACGGAACUAACGGCACUAACGGCAACGGCGCCCCUCCCACAUCGGAGAGCACCAUGGUGGACAUGGGCUCCGGAUACGGGGGCUCGGCCAGGCUUGCAGCCAAGACGCUCGGCUGCAAGGCGAUCGUUGUGUAUUGCAUCAACGUCACUUCGAGGGAGAACGACGUCAACCGCGCGCUGAGCAAGGCCGCCGGGAUCGAGAAUCUGGUGAUCAUCCCCGGAGAGAAGUCGUACUUCGACACCGGGCUGCCGGACGCCUGCUGCGAGGUGGUGACCUCCCAGGACGCGCUUCUGCACGCGGGGUCGGAACGGCACAGGGCGGUCGGCGAGGCCGCCCGCUUGCUCAAGCCAGGGGGCAGGAUGGUCUUCAAUGACGUCAUGCAGACGAACAACGCCGACCCCAAGGACCUUCAGGAGGUGUACGAACGCGUCCGCCUGCAGGACCUGGGCACGCCCAAGUCUUACGCCAAGUGGGCCGCGUCUUACGGCCUCACGUUCGUGGAGUUCUCCGACCGUACUCCCGACAUGAAGACGCACUACGAAUCCGUGAGUUCUUUUACGUGGUUGGUUGGUUGCAUGUGUAGCGUAAUACGAAGGUAGGUUUGCGACGGUUUCAAUUCAAGGCAGAUGGACAGAACAUCGCGGCGUUGGCGUUAAGCAUCGUGUGCAGAUUCAGUAACACUGGUUGGUGAUUAUUUCCUUUUUUUCAGGUGAAGGAAGUGCUGAUGUCGCACCGCGGUACGUCGGAUGGCAUGGAGGAUGAGUUCAUUGACAACAUGGCGAGGGGACUCGACGCUUGGGUUUCGGCGGCCGAGCGCGACCUCAUCUGCUGGGGGUACGUGACCUUCGCCAAGCCGGUGAGUCGGGUGAUGUUGUUGUUGUUGUUGUUGCUGCUGCUGCUGCUGCUGUUGCUACUUGUUUGGUGUUUUUGGUGAAGUGGUGGCGAGGGUAGUUAGUUGCGGGAUGAGUGUUUUUGUGUUUUGCGACCGCAAACAAAAGCCAGCGUCGAAGUCCCUCUGUGUACAAGGAAAUCUGCAGACGACGCCUACCGAACGUUGUCUACCUCACCCUCAGCCACAGCAAGGCACAGUACUUGGUACUCCAGGACCCGUGUACCCGACAACGCAUCCUUGGUCACGAUUGCUGUUGAAAUUGAAAGGUACAAUAUAUUUUUGGGGGUCCUGGACAAACGCGGCGGUGACACCUGCACCCCUACCGCCCAUCCCCACCCCCCCGCGCCGCUAUGAACACACCUUCCCGUUCUAUGAUCCCCUAUCAACGCCACAACCACCUGAGGUCUUGUUUUCGCCUACGUCUGCUGCUCGCCUGGUUUCUAUCUCUUGUUGCUGCCGCUGUUAACAUCCCCCCUCUUCUGUUGCUGUUGGUGAUUGUCGCGUUUUUUUUUUGCGUGUGUACGUUUCACGGACGGGGGGUUGUGCAGAACGAGCAGGCAGCCGAACAUUGAUUGAUCGGGUUUGACCGCAAAUCCGAGAACACCCGCGUCACUUUGCCCCCUCAUGCUGCCGCUUUCAUUCAUAUUUUCGCCCAAAGUUUCGGUUUUGUCUUUUUCAGUUUUUGGUUUAGUUGCGUUGAACAAGGUUAACAGCUAUGUUUGACGUCCACAGACGGGCAGAGGGAAUUAGUGCAUAGGUCUUUCUGGAGUUUUGUUCGACCCAAGUUGGGUGAUUUUUCUCCUGUUUUCUCUUGCAACGACCGAAGAACAAUGAGAAACGAGGGUGGGGGGGGUUAUACACAUAUACAUAGGUUUACAUACUGUACCUUUAUACGUCGUAUACAUGUUUGCCUGUGUUUUCAACACAGAAAAUCGAAAGUCACUUUGUAUGGUUCGUGGAUGUUGGUCGUAGGGAUCAUGCAUCUAGUGCAAACCUUUGGCUCGUGGUGUCAGGCCUCCAUGUUGAUUAAGCCUUGUACAUGGCAGGAAAACGAGAGAGAAGAGUCGUGUUGAUCGUGGCGGCUGCUCGUUGUGAUUUGCGAGACUCCGUAGGUUUAUUCUUUGCUCGGCUUCCGAGCGCGUUGAGCAAGGAGGUGUCCUUACCUUUCUGAUUUAACCGUUCAGUUGUACAUAUCCUUCUGUAGGUGUUGCAGCUUGCUCUGUUGGGUCCUUGUAGGAUAUUCACGGUUACGUUGUUUUUCAGCACCGAAGAGUAGGGAAGACGAGACACAGUAGAAACAGAUCACGGGAACAUGGCAACAACAUGAUCCCUAGUCUGUUUCACCUCUUUUCGGUGGUUUGCGUUAGUUUCUCUUUGGCCACUAGUGGAAGCGGAACCACUUUUGGUACAUUGACUGGUCUGUUGUUAAGGGUGUCGUUUACCUCUUGGACACGAGGCGAUUGCAUCUUUUCACGCAGAGGCAGGAACACACCCGUGUUCUCACAACGGAGUGUAGUGCUUUUGGCGGCGCAAGGAAUGCCUAGAUCGAGAUCGAGGGUAGCAAGGUAUUUACCAUGGAGGUUGUUUUGUCUUUUGACCUGAAGGCCGGCAGAUGUCUCGUGCACGUUGUUGAAGUAUGUUGAUACAGGCGUGUGUGCGUCACACGAGACCCUCGUAGGCCACACGGCGGAAUGUGAGCGCGGGUGCUCUUACACUUCCUGCUGUUGAUUGAGAAUAGGCUUUUGAAUGUUGGUGUAUACGUAUUGGUGGCAAGAAAAUAAGUUAUAUAAUUCUGAGUUGCAUUGCAGAGCGCGCGGAGGAAAUGCUAUUGAUGGCUGUUGAUGAGAAGUCAGGCUUUUGUAUAUUGGUAUAUAUAAUGGGGUGGGGAGAAAACACUUAAAUUGGAUGUUGGUAAAUGUAAUGGGGUGGGGAGAAAACACGUAAAUUGGACGUUGGUAUAUAUAACGGGGUGGGGAGAAAACACGUAUAUGAUGCUGAGUUUCAUUACAGAGAGCGCGAAGGAAAAACACGUGGGGUCAUUGCUGCUGGUGGUUUGGCGUUUGCCCCGGCAGGUGCAUCACAUUUCGUUUCGAUGGCAUUGACUGCGAGGAGUGUUUCUUCGGGUCCAGUGACUUCGAGGAGUGGUCGUUCGGGUCCAACAGGUUGCGCACCGGCUAUGAGUGUGUGAUGCUUUCGUUGUUGAAAACGUUGUUUGAAGGGUUAUGUUCGAAGACCGUACCGGAUUGUGGACUGGCGGGGGGAUAGACGCUGCAUGUGAUAAGAUUCAUGUGAUAAGAUUCAUCUUUUCGUUGUAAGCAAGAUCUCAUUUGUGGGGAAAUCGGGAAGACGGUAACGAGUUUUGGGUGGGAGGGGGUGAUCAGCGGCCCCCUUUUUAUCGGUCGUGUCAUGGUCAGGGGUUCGGUUGGUGGCCCUUGCUAACGCUGGGCGGCAGGCACAUGCCCUGCAUUCUUGGGUUGUUUUGCGGCGGGCGGGGGACAAGGCGGACGUGUUGUUCGUUUUGCCGCUGGCAUCCAGGACCCCAAGAUGGUACCCGUAUGUGAGUAUGAGAUUCCAGUUUUGGUGCCCACUUUUGGUCAAAUGAUCCGAUUUGUUUUUGUGAACAAUUGAGCGAGUGGAACACAGGGGGCGGGGUGUGAAAUGUACGUUGGGGCGCGCCUCGACGUUCAGAACGGAAGGGAAAUUGAAAGGUGCAAGUUAUGGAAACGGAAGGUCGCAUGUAUGUGAGUAUCGUGAAGAAGAAAAGAGGUAUGAGAAAGAGGGACGGGGGACACAUAAGUCUAGAGAGCGACACGAAGGGCACAAGAAGCGGUUGGAGCAGUUUUUUGGUGUUUUUAUUGCGAUAGAGACGAGCAAGAGGAGGAGUACAGAGUACAGAGUACAGAGUUCAGCCAAGGUGUGCAAGCAUAGAGAGGGGACGGGUGGGGACGUAAGGGGAGAUUGUCACUCGGACAGGGAAAAAUGUUCGGAUAUGUUCCGACAUGGAACGACCAAACAUGGUGUGUCAAAACGGCCGUUCGUGUACAGAUUAGGUUCGCCCGCCUCCCUUGGCAGCAUCAGUGGUGCGGCACCGUUGUCAGUUGCGUUACGACGCUUUUCAUUUGGGUUGUUUGGCUGUGGUGAAACCUUCGCGGGGGGGUAAAUUACGUCGGUGCUGCUUGAUUUGACAUGUCCCCGGCUAACAUGCUGAGUGAGGUUCACCGCGGACAAGAAAAGCUUCUGUCCGUGUGGCCCCCUCCCUCCCCCCCGAUCAGAGACCGCCUCCGUAGAUAUGCUAGAGGUGAUCGUCGAUCUAGUUGGUGACCUACUCGAGCUAGAUGUUCCACAAGCACGGACUCUAGGCUUUUACCAUUGCAAGUAGUCCAUAACUUGCGUGCGUAGAUUUGUAGGUACCACUGUUUCCUAGACUUGCAUGAAAGAAUGAGCCGAGUAUUCGGAUGCCUCUCACAAGCGGAACUUGGACGUUGUUCAGUUGUUGAAGCUGCCUUCUGUUCAACCUCACGCCAGUGCGAGUUAAUGACGCAUGUACGCGUGUCCACAGUACGUGUUGUGCCCACGUGGCAAGUUCGAGAACAUUAUGUUGGGAGUCUUGUUUUUAGUAUCUACCUUUUUUGCUUACCAGUGAGAUAUUCUGAACGCGGUUGACUGGUUGACGUUGCUUGGAUUGUGUGAUUCCAUAAUUCAUUUCUCGACGAUGAGAGUGCUCGCACCCCAUUCUCUAGGUCGGUGCAGUCUUUCUGGUCUCCACUGAUCAAGUAGUCUAACUAUUUUACAAGUAUAUGUCCACCAAGGCCUCUCCUUCGGACCUGCUGCUGUGUGCUUCAGAGCCAGGCCCAUCGUUCCAAAGGAUACAUCGAAAGAAAAUUGAGUUCAUCCGCCGCGCUGCGGCAGGUCACGUACGUACGGCUUGACCUUGGACCCUAGUGGUUCUGCCGUUGGCCCGUGACUGAAAGAUCGAUCGCGCAAUCGAGGUGCUUUGCGUAUCAAGCAGAUUACAGUUCAUUUCUAGGAAUGUGGCAGGACGACAGUUGAAGGACAAGACACUAGGUAGAAACACAGAAAUUCCGAUCCGUGUAGGAUUGGUUUCAGCUACGAAACCUGAACAGAAAUCUUGAUUGACCGGAGCUUUUCGACCGCGGCUGACUUUUCUCGGCUCGCAAACAUUACCACCACGACAUUGCGCAACAGAUGUCUCGAGGGCCCUGUGGAAGGAAUUCCAAUCAAAGCGACACCGGUGCCAAACCGAAGCAUUUUGUCUUGCUCGAAAUCCAUCCAUUUCCCUUGACUGGAAUGCUAUUUGCUCCACCGGUGGAGUAACUUCUUUUUGCUCCUCCAGGCAGAUCUGCGUCCUCGAAGCUCCAAUCGACCUCAAACAAAUUUCAUAGUCUAGCUAUCGACUAACCCUAAUCCUAUCUGAAAUGCUACUGGGAAGCUAAAUCUUACCAGUGCCUACAGAUAUGUGCUACAGAAGGGGGCCGUUCGUGAACAGAUUAGGUUCGGUCGCCUCCCUUGGCAGCACCAGUGGUGCGGCACCGUUGUCAGUUGCGUCCUGGCGCUUUUCAUUUGGGUUGUUUGGCUGUGGUACCACUGUUUCCCAGACUUGCAUGCAAGAAUGAGCCGAGUAUUCGGAUGCCUCUCACAAGAGAAAUUUGAACGUUGUUCAGUUGUUGAAGCUGCCUUCUGUUCAACCUCACGCCAGUGCGAGUAAAUGACGCAUGUACGCUUCCACCGUACGUGUUGUGCCCACGUGGCAAGUUCGAGAACAAUGUGUUGGGAGUCUUGUUUUUAGUAUCUACCUUUGCUUACCAGUGAGAUAUUCUGAACACGGUUGACUGGUUGACGUUGCUUGAUUGUGUGAUUCCAUAAUUCAUUCCUCGACGAUGAGAGUGCUCGCACCCCAUUCUCUAAGUCGGUGCAAUCUUUCUGGUCUCCACUGAUCAAGUAGUCUAACUAUUUUACUACAAGUAUAUGUCCACCACGGUCUCUCCUUCGGACCUGCUGCUGUGUGAUUCAGAGCCAGGCCCAUCGUUCCAAAGGAUACAUCGAAAGAAAAUUGAGUUCAUCCGCCGCGCUGCGGCAGGUCACGUACGUACAGCUUGACCUUGGACCCUAGUGGUUCUGCCGUUGGCCCUGUCCGUGAGGUGGAUUAUGUCAUCGUUACGAACGCUACUUCGGUAGUACUCAUGUAUGGUUUGAGAGCGAGACGUGUGCAAGUGACCGUUCCACGGGCGUAGAUCUUCGGGGUAUCUCCCGACAUGUCUUUGGUAGUUGGAAUUGUUCCGUGUUGCAGAAAGUCUGCGCGUCUUUUCGUCGGUGAAUUUCUUGCGACUGUUGCUUGAUGCUUGUGGCGCACGUGGCGCCCACUCUCUCCUGUUGCCUGUCCACGAGGGCAACCUAAUAUAACGACUUUACCAUCUCUUCAUCCCGGUCAACCUGGUCAGCCGUGCUUAUUGAGCAGUACUAGGCUUGGAACCAAUCAACACUCUAGAGCCGAAGGUUAACCCCAUAUUCCCCUGGUGAAGCGGACACAUGUCGGCUGGAUCUGGAGAUGAUGGCAAGGGCAAGGCAGCCCCGACUCACGAGGAGCUCAGGACUGCCGUCGACGAGGCCACCGCCAGAAUGGAGAGUUAUGUUGACCGAGAAGUUAGGGACCGUCAUGGAAGCCCUGUCUCGGUUAGUGCCCGAGACACCGCCUGCCGAAAGUACGACCGGAGCGGGCGGCGGGGGAGAGUCACGGGGGGGAAGGCACGCCCCUCCCGGCGCUGGUCGUGUGGAUCAAGCGCCGACCACCGGACAGGGGCUCGAGGGAGCACGAGGACUGCCGGACACAGCCCCGCAAGGACCCACGCUGCCGUCUGUGGG